CACGCUGACAUCGAGUGAUGGGAGUUCAACUCGCUCCUUUUACGCACGGACUUGACGCGCAAAUGCGGCUCACCUGGCGAGAUUUUUAAAACCUACUUUGUAUUCUUUAUUGUUAUUUUCCUGUGAACAGUAAAAUAAUCUUUCUCUCAGCCUUUGCGCACAUCUGGAGUUGGAGCAGGAGCUGAACGUGCGUAACUUACAGUUUCAGGCUGGUUAUAGGGAAAUUACGCGUCGGUUAUCCACAGUUUGAGCCAUGGCAGAGGAGUGAUGCGCUUUUGCCAAAAUGUUUGUUAACUGGAAUAUAGAUUUUGCGCGACGGUCCUAUGGAAUAUAGCCCGAUAUUCCACAAUCUCCAUGUUGUGCCAUCAUCCCACGUGAAAAACAAACUGUUUGUGCUCUGCAUUAUGCUGUCACUUUGGGUCUACAUGAUCUACUGCUGUGUUGGCUACUGCUCAACUCUGCCCAACCUGACGUACGGCGCAGGGGGUCGACGAGGCGCAGAAAAUGACGGAGAAGUUGACAAUCAAGAGUCGUCGGUCGGGGCGUUUAGGGACUUACUGAAUAACGAAAACGAUGUGGACAGCAGAGCAGAAGAGUGGGAUGACAUUAGAGGCGAGACGAAGGCGCUGGAUGAUAAUGCCAUGUCAGGUUUCCUCAACGAGACGGAAAGUAAGAAGUUGCCGCAGGCGAUCAUCAUCGGGGUGAAGAAAGGAGGAACGCGCGCGCUGCUGGAGUUCCUGCGCCUGCAUCCGGACAUCCGCGCCGUGGGAGCGGAGCCGCACUUCUUUGACCGCAACUAUGACAAGGGACUGCAGUGGUACAGAGAAUUGAUGCCCAAAUCAUUGGAAGGGCAGAUGACCAUGGAGAAAACCCCCAGCUACUACAUCACCAAAGAGGUCCCUGCUCGAAUCUACGCCAUGUCUAAAGACACAAAGCUGAUUGUAGUCGUCCGCAAUCCCGUCACAAGAGCCAUCUCAGACUACACACAGACACGCUCCAAGAAGCCUGACAUUCCAUCAUUUCAGAGUCUAACCUUUAAGAAUGUGACGGCUGGUCUGAUCGACACCGCAUGGAGUGCUGUUCAAAUUGGCAUGUAUGCCAAACACCUUGAGCGCUGGCUCCAGUACUUCCCUAUGGAGCAGCUGCUGUUUGUUAGUGGAGAGCGUCUGAUUAGUGACCCUGCAGGUGAGAUGGCUCGCGUACAGGACUUUCUUGGGCUCAGCAGGGUGAUCACAGAGAAUUACUUCCACUUCAACCCGGCAAAAGGAUUCCCCUGCCUUAAGAGACCGGAGGGGAACAACAAGCCACACUGUCUUGGUAAAACCAAAGGAAGGACCCAUCCUAAUAUUGACCCAGAGGUGGUGCAGAGACUAAGAGACUUUUAUAAACCCUUUAACAACAAGUUUUACCAGAUGACUGGUCAUGACUUUGGCUGGGACUGAGAGGCAAAACUAUCAUAGACUAAUGCUAGCCCUU